AUGAGUACCACUUCAUUUAUCAACUUGCUCUUGCCACAUCUGCCGGAACAUUAUCGAGAUAGGAACGAGUUUCGGGCGGGAAAGCGGAGCAAGCGAAGAGGUAUUGGAGGAAGCGGGGAGGAUGUGAGUCGGGAUAUUGAGUUGAGAGAGGGGGAUUGGUUGGAGAGGUUGAGGAAGAUGUUCAGUCUGGACGCCAAUUGCGCUACCGGUGUUGAAGAUUCGGGAACCGAGAAUGAGAAUGGAUUCUGCGGAGGGUUUGCGGAUUUGUUGGAGUGUCUUGAGGAGCCGGCGAAUGGGUACACGAAUCUGAUGAUUACGUAUGAGAAGGGAUUGCAGAUGAAUAUUAAGUUUUAG